GUACAACAUCUCAGGAAUGUUGUGUCAAAAUUUCAAGUUGAUCCGAGCAAAACUGAGUAAGUUAGAGCGUCUAGAAGACCCGCCCGUCCGACCCGUUGAAGCACGAACGGCACGUAGGGCGCAGGUAUAAACACGUUUGUUUUCAAGACCGGUAGAACCGUUAGUCUCGCAUCAGUCUUUGAAUUGUACGCUUGUUGUGCGCCUGUGCAAAAGAUUUUCGUGCCGUUUUCUACUAUGGAAGAUCGUAAAGUGAACAGAAAUACCCGGCAAAAUAGUGCAGCUCGAAAAGACAGGUUUAAAAAACGGAGGCAGAGUUUUAAUCCAAAAACGGCCGAAACUGACUCAUUAAGUUUCAGUACAUCUGCAAAAAAAAUAAAGUAUCUCGAGGACAUGCAUGUGCCAACAGACAAUACUGUAGAAUACAGAAUUCUGAAUUUUUUUACAGUUUUUUCGGUCAUUUCGAAUGUAGUAAAGUGCAAGAUAUGCAAUGGUGAUGUACAAUUUCAAACGUGCAGUGAUCGUGGCCUCGGAUUCAAAAUUACUGUAAUGUGUAACACGUGUCCGCCCAAUUACAUAUCCUCUUGCCCUUUUAUCGGCCAUACUUAUGAAAUAAAUCGCAGAUUUAUUUACGUGAUGAGAAUUUUAGGACUAGGAUUAGAAGGGUGUAAAAAGUUUUGCGGUUUAAUGGACCUGCCACCAUUUUUAAAUCAAACAACUUACGAUAUUAUGGUUAAAAAUAUGAAAGAGUGUGUGAAUACCGUUGCUGAGAAAAUUUUUUCAAAUGCUGUAGAAGAAGAAAAAAAAGAAACAUGUAAGAAAUACAAUUUAGAUUAUACAAAUGAACUAACUAUAUCGGGAGACGGAACGUGGCAAAAGCGUGGUUUUAAUUCAUUGUUUGGUGUAGCAUCAUUAAUUGGCUAUUAUAGUAGUAAAAUUAUUGAUGUAUGCGUAAAAAGUAUCUACUGUAAAAUGUGUGAAGUUUGGAGUAAAAAAAUGAAUGUCAAAGAGAAUGAAUACAAAGAAUGGUACGAAACACAUAAGGAAAAUUGCUCCGCAAAUCAUACAAGUUCCUCUGGCAAAAUGGAAGUGGAUGCGGUAAUAGAAAUGUUUAACCGUUCUGAGGAAAAAUACGGUGUAAAAUAUCGUUAUUAUAUCGGAGACGGAGACUCGAAAACAUUUACUGGAAUAUUACAAAAAGUUGAUUAUGGCAAUGAUUUUGAAAUUUUCAAGAAAGAAUGUGUUGGGCAUGUCCAAAAAAGAAUGGGAGCUCGCCUCCGUAAUAUCGUCAAUAACACUGUCGUUGAAGUUGAAACGAAAAAUAAGAAAAGAAUAAAAAGAAAAGUUUUGGGAGGAAAAGGCAAAUUAACCGGAAAAACGAUAGACAAGCUCACGGUUUAUUACGGACUAGCAAUUCGACGUAAUUGUGAGAAUAUUGAGGACAUGAAAAAAGGUAUUUGGGCCACAUUUUACCACUACGCUUCUACAAAUGAGAAUCCUCAACACGAUAUGUGUCCAGUUGGCGAAGAUUCUUGGUGUGAGUGGCAGCGUGCUGCAGCCAUGGACAAGCUUCAAUCGUUCGUGCACUCAUAUGACAAUUUUAGUAAUGACAUAUUGCAAGCAAUUCGACCUGUUUACGAAGAUUUGAGCUCGGAUACCUUACUAAAAAGAUGUAUUGGCGGCUUCGACCAAAAUAACAAUGAGAGCUAUAAUCAGUUGAUUUGGAAAAUUACGCCAAAAAUUGUUCCAAGUGGCUCUACAAUAGUAGAUAUUGCUGCUAAAAUUUCAGCGUGUGUUUUUAACGAAGGAUCAUCGAGUCAUCUAGCUAUUCUUUAUUCAAUGGGAGUGAAAUUAGGACGUAAUUCUGUCGAUUAUUGCCGAAAAUUGGACGAAAAACGAAUUAACGCCGCCGAGUAUAGAGCGAAACUCGCUACGCGGGAGGCAAGAAUCCUACAAAGGCAGAAAAAUUCUGAACAAUUGGACAUUCUGGAAGGCGUCGAGGACUUAUUUUAUGGUCCUGGAAUAGACGAUUCUGUAUAAUCCUGCCCAAGAUAUGAUGUCCACGAGAAUGCAUCUUUUUUUUUACGAUUCGCAUUUACGUCAUCGCUAAAACUUAUAUUACUAUUAUUAUUGGCUAAAAAAAUUACAAAAUGUUCUUCAAACAUAGCUUAACAUUAUAGAAAAGUUUUUGAAUAAAUAAGUAUAGUCAUUUAGUUUAAAAAAAUUCUUGAAAAACCUCCUUUUUUCGCGCCUCUGACUGUAUAUUCCCCCUUAAAGUUUGUGGUUAAUUGUUAGUUUGUUUGCCAACGUCAUAAAUUUAACUAGAGUAAAUUAUUUUGGUCGACAAUUUAAUUUUGAUAUGAAUCGGUAUUAUCUACAACUGAGAGGAUUUGACCGUAAGCGUAUAAGUAUGGACCGCUGCUCAUAAAAUUUAUCAUAUCUUUGUAACCGCUGGAUACCGCUGUUUCUACUUCUGUAUAAACAUUAAUAAACAUCCUACCUUUGUUUUGACAAAAGUACAACGUUGUGGCAGAUCGUGAAUUUUUUGUAUGCCACGAAAUAGAUGAUAGACAGUAUAUAAA